AAUCCACUCUUAUUUCCUUGUUGCCGACCUGGACUUCGACAACGCAAAAACCCGCUUUGAAAGCACUGUUCGUCACGCUCUCUUAUUACAUAAAAAAUCAUAUGUUCUCUGCUUAAUUGAACAUUUGCAAUUGAUAAUUACUUACAGAGUCAGAGAGAUCUUCCGAAACUGUCCAUUUCCAAUUCUCAAACCUAAUGAAGCCCUUAAUUUUUUAAGGUCCCUAUCUUACAUUCAUAAUUUAACCAGGUGGCUUCAUUUUGAUGCCGUAAGUAAAAGCUUCAAUUUCGAGGAAUUUGGAGUGAAAAUGAGUGUGCUGGGGUUUGAUAUUGGAAAUGAGAAUUGUGUGAUUGCAGUUGUGAAGCAACGUGGAGUUGAUGUUUUGUUGAAUGAUGAAUCAAAGCGUGAGACACUGGCUGUGGUAUCAUUUAGUGAGAAGCAGAGAUUAAUGGGCUCAGCUGGAGCUGCUUCUGCUUUGAUGAACCCAAGAUCAACAAUUUCUCAGGUUAAGAGAUUGAUUGGUAGGAAAUUUAGGGAAGUUGAUGCGCAUAAGGACCUUAAACUUUUACCUUUUGAAACUUGUGAAAGUCAUGAUGGCGGAAUUUUGGUUAGGUUGGAGUACUUGGGGGAAACUCAUAUGUUUACUCCAGUUCAAAUAUUAGGAAUGUUGCUUUCAAAUUUGAAGCAAAUAGCUGAGAAGAAUAUAAAUAUGCCCGCUUCAGAUUGUGUGAUUGGAAUUCCAUGUUACUUUACGGAUCAGCAGAGACAUGCUUAUUGGGACGCAGCGACAAUUGCUGGGUUGAAGCCAUUGAGAUUGAUGCAUGACUGUACUGCCACUGCCCUUGGAUAUGGUAUUUACAAGACUGAUUUUCUCAUUGCGGAUCCAACUUAUGUUGUUUUUGUAGACAUUGGUCAUUGCGACACUCAGGUUUGCGUUGCUUCGUUUGAGAGUGGGAAAAUGAAGAUACUUUCUCAUGCUUUUGACAGGAGCUUGGGAGGGAGAGACUUUGACGAGGUUUUGUUCAGUUAUUUUGCGGCACAGUUCAAGGAACAGUAUAACAUAGAUGUUUAUACAAAUAUCAAGGCAGUUAUCCGGUUGAGGGCAUCCUGUGAGAAAAUGAAGAAAGUCUUGAGUGCAAAUGCUGGGGCACCAUUAAAUAUAGAGUGCUUGAUGAAUGAGAAAGAUGUUAAAGGCUUUAUUAAGAGGGAAGAGUUUGAGAAGCUAUCUUCAGUUUUGCUGGAGAGGAUUAGAAUUCCAUGUCAGAAGGCUUUGGCUGAUUCUCAACUGUCCGUGGACAAAAUUCAUUCAGUUGAGCUUGUUGGUUCAGGUUCUCGGGUACCUGCUAUUACGAGGAUGCUAGCUUCUCUGUUCAACAAGGAGCCAAGCCGGACAAUAAAUGCUAGUGAGUGUGUGGCUCGUGGUUGUGCUCUUCAGUGUGCAAUGCUGAGCCCCAUAUUUUGUGUUAGAGAGUUUGAGGUUCAAGAUUCAUUUCCUUUUUCCAUUGGAUUCUCAUCUGACAAAGGUCCAAUCCGCACGCUGUCAAAUGCCAUGCUUUUCCGCAAAGGCCAACCAUUUCCCAGUGUUAAGAUUCUUACUUUGCAUAGGACUAAUGACUUCCAUAUAGAAGCCUUCUAUGCGGAUCAACAUGAAUUACCAUCUGACGUAUCUCCUCAAAUCAGUAGUUGUAUGAUCGGGCCUUUCCAAACUUUCCAUGCCAAAACAGCAAAAGUAAAGGUCAAAGUACAGCUAGAUCUUCAUGGGGUGGUGAAUAUACAGUCAGCAUCUUUAAUAGAAGAAUACUUGGAUGACGUUGUGACCAGGAGAGAUGCUCAUUCACCUUCAGAAGUAGAGGCCAAACUUGACGAUAUAUCUGCUGUAGCAAGUGAUACUGAAAUAGAUAAAGUGAGAAAUGGCAAGGUCAUCAAAAGGCUUGAAAUUCCAAUUAAUCAGAGUGUCUAUGGUGGAAUAACAAAGAGUGAGCUUUCAGAAGCUAUCGACAAAGAAAAUCAGUUGGCACAGCAGGAUUUGAAGAUGGAGCGAACCAAAGAUAAGAAAAAUGCCCUGGAGUCCUAUGUCUAUGAGAUGCGUGAUAAGAUUCUAAGUACAUACCAGAGUUUUGCUUCCGAGGCAGAGAGGGAAGAAAUCUCUAGAAAUCUUCAAGAGACUGAGAACUGGCUUUAUGAGGAUGGAGUUGAUGAAUCUGAACACGUUUAUAUUGAAAAACUACAGGAUCUUAAAAAGUUUGUUGAUCCUAUUGAAAAUCGAUACAAAGAGGAAGAGGCCAGAGCACAAGCUACUAGGGAUCUCCUGAAGUGUACGUUGGAUUACAGGAAGGUUGUAGGAUCACUUCCAUCCAGUAUGAGAGAUGCGGUCAUUGAUGAGUGCAAUAAAUCAGAGCAGUGGCUGCAAGAGAAAACCAGACAUCAGGACUUGUUACCAAAGGAUGCUGAUCCUAUAUUAUGGUCAAGUGAAAUCAUGAGAAAAUCGGAGGCACUUGACUUGACUUGCAAAUACAUGAUGAGAUCCAACCCAUCGCCCUCAGAAAGAGAAGAUGCAAAAGACUUGGAUGGGGGAAAAAGUCCAGAAGACAGGCAGUUAGAUUGAUGUGGCUUUACAUAGAUUUGUGACAUUAAAGACCAACAGCAAAAACAAACCUCAGCGGAUUUUGUUUGAAUUACAUAGAUUUACACUGACCCAUUCAAAAUUUUGCCACUCUUGUUCAAGACUAUAAUCUCAGACUUUUAGUAGCAGUGUGAUCAUCUUUCCACAAGGUGAGCUCCAAUUUUCAUUUAUUUCCUGAACCAGUCUUCAGUAUAUUGUUUGAUGGUUAUUUGGUACAAUAACAAUGAUCAGAUAUCACCAUUGGGUUCCUGUAAUUUUUGGCUCAUAUUUUUGGUUUCCAAUGUUCCAACCUAAAAUUUUGUUUGUUAUUGUGUUGUGAUACACUUGAUCUGUAUAGACAAUUAGAAAGAUGUUACACUAUUCUUUUCACUGAUUGCUGUUAGUAAAU